AUGUAUGCAAAAAUAUUUAUUUUCUUAUAUUUAAUUUUAGAGUUUGAUAAGUUUGCUUAAGCUUAGACUUAGGCUUAGGAUUGCUGUAAAUGUAAAGAUGCUCCUCCUCCUUAACCAAGUUUACCAAAUUAACCAAAUUAAUAAGAUCCAUGCUAAUGCGAAGUUAAUUUUAGUUAUUGCAUUUUAAAUGGUAUAUGUAUUGAUUUGAUUGAAGAUAUUAUGUGGAAAAAUGAUAUAGUUGCAGGUCAAAAAAAAGGAACAUGCUUUAAAACAGGAGAUGAAGUUCUUAAAUAAAAUGGAAAAUAUGAUGAAUUAAAAUAGUCAUUUUUAAAUGGUGAUAUAAAACUUUAUCCAUCAGCAUGUUUUAUCUAUGAGAAACAUACUUUCUAAACAAAUCAACUAUUUGCUCACAUGAUAGGUAAACGUAAUAAUUAUUAGAUGAGAACAAGUGAUUAAAUAUGUGUCGAUCAAUCAAAUUUCAAAGAUAAAGCUAAUGAUAUUUCCUACUGUUGUAUAAAAGGAUGCUAGAAAUAGCUAUGUCUUGAUAAAAGUGAAUAAAAAAAAUGCGUUGAUUUAAAUUAACUUUAGGAGGAAUAAUAUUUUGACUAUUAGGAUUAAAAUGUAAUAUAAUAUAAAGAAAAUAUUUUGAUGUAAAAUAAGAACAAAUACAUUGGUUAGGCUACUAGCACAUAAUGCCUAAAAUUUAAUGAGCAGUUAUAGGUAGAAUUUUUAUCUUGCUUUGCUGAUACUAAUAAUGAUGUAUGUAUUGAUCAAUAAUCAUCAACCAGUUAUUGCUUAUCUAUCACUAGUAAGGAUAAUGGUCCUAUUGGUAAAACAGAAGACAAUUAAUGUGUUUAUAAAGAUAAGUACUACUAAAAAAUCAAAUAUUGUUAUUAAGAUUCAGAAAUUGAUUAUAAAACAAAUUAUUGCAAGUAUUAAGACUUAACUCGAACCAUAUACUAAGGUUAGUUUUUAUGUGUAAACUUAGAUGAAAAUUAGUUUGGAGAUAAAAUUAAAGGAGCUGAUAUUAAUGGAAACUGUAUAACAUAUGACAGUGAUAAAUAUCUUACAUGUGCUUUUGGAUAUUGCAAGAUAUUAAAUAAAUCAUAUUUAUCUUAGUGUGUAAAGAUUUCAUUAGAACUAGAUUCUAAAAAAUAGCAAAAUACAAUUUCAAGUUAUGGCUUUUUUAGAUAUUGCGGAAGCGAUGACAAAGAGUGGGCAAUAGCAUGUGCUACAGGAUAUUGUAUUCCUAAACUAACCUCUAGAUAAUAUGAUUUCUACUCUGAUUAAACUUAAAGAAAGUAUUAUUCUUACUACAGUUAGACUAAAUGUGUGAAAAUGAAUAAUUAAUAUUUUGGUAAAAUAUUUACAAAUAUUUGUUUAAACUCUUAUGAUCCAUCAAGUCCUUAAAGAGUAAUUGAAUGUUUUGGGGAUUACUGUAUUUAAACUAAAAGUAAGGGAUCGAAUAUCUUUUGGUUAUGUGCUUAGUUAGAUAAUAAAGAUAAAAGUAGAUAGGUAAAACUGUAAGAUUAAACAUGUAGUUCAUAUGAUUCAUAAUUCAUAGAUAAAUAAAACAUGUCAUCUAUGAGGUGUGUUUCUGAUUUUACAAAUUAGUCUUGUCUUUAUCAGGACUCUACAUCUUCAUUGCCUAAAUGUAUGUAUUUUAAGUAAUACACAUUUUAGGAUGCUUCAGGUAAUAAUAUAAGUUAACCUGGAUUAAGCUCCCUUAACUUCAUAGGGAGGGCAUUUGAUGGUGGAAAUUGCUAGUUAUAUUAAGAUCCUUUAAAGUCUAUUUACUGUGAUAAUACUUAUUGUUUAAAUAAAGAAUCGACUUGCUAGCCUUUUGAUGUAUUUUUUGUUGGAAAAAGUUUGGACACCUAGUGCUUAGAAGAAAGGGAUAUGAAAAAAGAAGCAGUUCUAUGUGCAAAUACGCAUUGUCUGUCAAAUAACACAAAAAAUCCGAAUCAAGAGAGCGAUAAUUCAAAUUCAGAAGAUGAUACACCACCAGACGAGUCUGAUUUUGAUUCAUUUGGCUUUAGAAUACUAUAAUUCGUUAAUAAAGAAUCUGAAACUUUAAAAAGUAAUAGAAUUCUAUCUUCCAAGAAGCAAAAUGGUGGUAGUAAAAAUAAGCAAGAUCCAAAAAAAGGAAAUUAAAAAAACACUUAUUUCUGUGAAAAAAUCAGCAUUGAUAAUAAAAUUAUUGGAGUUGAAAAAUAAACUGGCUCAUGUAUUUAUCUAGGAACAUCUGAUUAAGAUGCAUAAUAUUGCAUUGAAGGUGAGUAUUGUCUUAAAGUAGGCCCAAAUGGAAAAAAAUAAUGUGUACCAAUGGUUGAUGAUAUAAUAUGUACAGAUGAAAAAUAAAAUUGCUUAACAAUUGCUGAUGCGAUAAAAUGUAAAAUGUGCAAGAAAGGUCAAUGUUUACAGGUUGGAAAUAUCACAUAACCAUGUCUAAAUUUUAACAUUUUGGGUUCAAGUACUUGUAUGGCUUUUGAUGGAACUUGUUAAAAUUUUGAUUCAAGAAAUUGUAGAGCUUGUCCUGAAGGCACGUGUCUUGAUUUAAGAUAAAGGGCUUGUAUUUACACUAACCAGUUUAAAUUAAAAUCAAACCAAUGUUUAAAAUUUAAAAAUGUUGAUGUCCCUUGUAUAUUAUACGAUCUAGAUAACUAUAAUAACGAUCCUAAAAUAUAAUGUACUCAUCCUUCAGGAAGGUGCAUAAAUAUGUUAGAGGAUAAAUCCGUUUGUCAGUCAUGUCCUCGUUUUUACAAUUAGCCAGGCGAUAAUAAAUGUUAUGGCUUAAAGGAAUAAAAUGAAAUUUUAAAUCAUGAUAAAGAUAGCAGUUUAACUAUUUUUAGUUUAAGCAUUAAUUAUAUCCCUAUUAAUGGAUGUCCUUAGGGCUGCUAUUUAUGUGUAAAUAGUAAAUGGUGCACUUAAUGCUAAGAUGAAUACAUACUUUAUAGGAAUAACGAUCUUAAAAUCUAGUACUGUGUCCUUGUUAAUAUUUUGAAUAGCUAGUAAGAAACUUAUGAAUUAAAUUUUAAAACUAAUUAAAAAUAAUAAAUCUAAAUUUAAUGCGACAUAAAUUCGUUGUAUCCGCCUGGAAGACAAUUUGUGUACAAAUAAGAUUACUUUUAUUGCUACCAUUUUAUAGUUAAGUAUUAAGAAGGUAUAAUAAGGUCUGCCAAAAUAUUCGAAGAAACUGUUAUCCUUUAAUUAAAUAAUGACUAAAAUACAUUAUAAGCACUUUAAAAUGAUAAAUAAUUAAUUUCUAAUAAGUGUUUACCAGGAUGUAUAACAUGUCAAGUAAAAGGCUCAUAAUCUAUUUGCUUAAAAUGUUAAGAUGGAUUCACUUUAGAUUUCAAAAUUAAUUAAUGCUAAAAGUGCCCUGACUAAUGCCUAACCUGUUUUUAUGGAGGACUUUAUAAUUUACAGACAAUAAAUUGGUCAGUAGAUUAAAUUACUUUAAAGUCUUUAGAUAUCUCUAAGCUAUCUGAAGAACAGUAUAGACUCUUGUGUGAUUAGUGUGAAGAUAACAAAAGAUUAGUUUUAAAAUUAGAUUUUAGUGGUUGUGAAUUAUGUGGUGAUAAUUGCAAUAUUUGCAGUUGGGGAAAUCAAAACUAUAAUCUUACAAAUUUGUUUGAUCUUAAUUAAGCUCUUUAUUCUGGAGCAGGAUUUUUGAAGAUCAAGAAAUGUGUAUAAUGUAUAGAUGGGUUCAUUUUCAAUAUUGAUUAAAUAAGUUGUGUGAAAAAGCUAUAUGAAGAUUGCUUGGAUGAAAUAUUUUUUGAAUCAAAUACACCUCUAACAAAAUAAAAUGUUAUUUAUGAAAUGAGACCAUUUACUACUAAUUAAUGGUUUUACACAAAUCCAAGUUACACCUAUGCCUAGGGCUGUCUUGUGUGUAAUUAAUAAACUUCUAUAAUAACAUUUUAGGAAGGAUAAAAUGCUACUCUUUGUACUAAGUUAGAUUAAUUUAUAAAAGAUGAUCUUGACAGUUAUUUUAGUUAUUGCAAAGUACCAUUACUGUAUAUAGUUUACCCUACUGAUAAUACAAGUACCUUAGCCAUUAAACCAAUUUAUGAUAUCAUUACUUGUUAAGAAUGUCUUUAAAACUAUAGCUUUAAUUUUAACACAUAUAAAUGUAAUACUUUUUGUAAAACAUAAGUAUAUGGGUGCUCAAAAUGCUAUAAUUACAACAGCCAAAGUGAUACCUUAUUUUAGUGUACAGUAUGUGAAAAUAAUUAAAUUCCUACUUAAGGGGGAUGCUAAGAUUGUCCUGAGGGAUGUUAAUCUUGUUUUGAGGGUGACUAUAUUGUAAACCUCACAAGGUAACUAACUAUUAUGAGACCAUAAAAUUCUCUUUUAUAAAGGCUAAAUUAGUUAUAAGGUAACGAUAUAGGAAUGAUAUGCACUUCCUGUACAGAUAGCUAUUAUUUUGAUUAUAAUAAAAAGAAAUGUGUUAGCAUUUAAUGUGGUGAAUUUUGCUUAGAUUGUUUUCAAUAUAAAAAGCAAAGCAAAUGUCUUAGUUGCAACAAAGUUAGUAUCAUGAAAAGAAUAAGCUCUAUCUUAGGUUACAUUACAGAUUUUUACUUUCAAUAAAUUAUAAAGAAUAUUGAUUAAAUGAUCAAUUACAACGAAGAACAUAAUGACUGCUAUAUUUGCCCUCUUUCAUGUAAGGGAUGCUAAUACUAUAAACUCACUAAUAAUCCAUUAAGCUUAUAUAGCGCUAAGUGCUUAGGAUGUAAUUAAAAUAUUUAGGGCAUUAAAAUAAGUGAUGAAUAUCAUUGGAGAUAUGACUAAAAAAAUAAAAAAUGUUUAUUAUGCAAAAAAGGUGAUGUUGGCUGCUACUAUGAAAAAAAGAUAGAAGUUUAUGUUGCUUGUGGCUCAAAAGAAGGUGCUAUUGGAUAAGGUUUAAUGAGUAGUCCUUAUAAUUUGCAAAGAGCUGAUGAAAUUAAUUGGGAUAAAGUAAUUGUAAAUGAAGUUGAUUUUUUAAGAGCAGUCGUUAUCUACAAUGAAAUAGGAUUACAAAAAAUAGAUGUGAAGCUGAAUUUUAUUCCUAGUAGUAGUGAGUGCUAAAUUUCUUAAAAUAUCAUUAUAGAAAGCAAUUUAAUGCAAAAAGUAUUCACGCUCAAAGAAUUUGUCUUAACUCUUCAAACAUUUGAUCCAGCAAAUCCUGAUAAAACUGAUCAGAGAAGAAAAAUUUUGCUUGGAAGAUAAAUUAAAUUUGUUGGCUUUACAGAUAUUAACAUUUAGAGAAUAGAUUGGAAACUUCUGCUUGAAGACUUCAAACCUACAGGAUUUAUAUUUGAUACACCAUACAUCAGAAGUGUAUAAAUAGUCAACACUACAUUCUCUAACCCUUCAGGCCCUAAUAUUUUCUACUAAAAUCUAUUUGAUCUUCAAAUUUUUAAUUUAUAAUAAUAAUUGACAAUCUAAAAUACUAAUUUUACUAACUUUACAUAUCAAAACUUUGAACUGAUCAAAAUGUAUUAAAAGUCAUAUUAUGAGAUGAAAAAUUAAAUAGACUUAUAAAGAUUUGAUGAAACUGACAAUUUGAAUGUUACUUUAGAUAAUUUGUGCAUACAAAAUAAUACUUUUAAGGGUUCGAGCUUUAUGAGAUUCUCUUCAUAAAAAAUAUUUUUAACCUUUAAGGAUAGCCUUUUUUUUAACAAUUAUCUAGGCUAAAAUAGUAUAUUUUUCAUUUUAGAUUAAAAAAUAAAUAUUGCUGUUAUUUCUAUUUGGAGUGAUAUCAUGAUAUUAAAAAAUCUCUUAGAAUCUUAGUUUUGUUUUUAUGUGAUUUAAACAUUCAUUAGGAAUGAAAAAAGAAACAUAUAAUUUUAAGAAAAUAACAUCACUAGUACAGAUAUCAAGCUUGGUAUCUUUUAAGCUAAUAAAAUUUGGGUUCAAACAUUAUAUUUGACAAAAAACACAUUAAAUAACUAAAAUAUAUUCACUUAUUUGCCUUAAAAACAAAGCAAAAUAAUGUAUGAUCCAGAAUAUGAAGUGUUUGAUAAAUAAUGGGAACCUAUAAUUGAUGAAUUUUAUGAUUAAGAUAACACACUAGCUAAUUCAGACAAAAUAUUAAUUUAGUUAUUAGAUAUUUACUUAUAAAAUAAUUUAAUGAGUAGAGAUGGUUCUUUGAUUUUAGAGCUUACUGGGUAGACAAAAAAAAUUGGUAAAGUGAAUUUAAGAGGAAUCAACUUAAGUUGUGAUAAUACUUUGCAACAAAACCAAUUUUAAAAUAUGUUUUCAAUAAAAAGAAUCUAUUAGUUGUAUGUUGAUAGAAUGGUAAUUUGUAAUAAUGAAAAUUCUAAGUUUCUGCUUAUAAAUGAUAUCAAUAUUGUAAAUAUCAAUACCUUAGAUAUUAAAUAGUAAGGUGACUAAAGUCUCAAUAUGAGAUAUCCAUAAAUUUUAGUAGAGAAUGUGAAUUAAUAUAUUCUUUUAAGAAAUAUUUCCAUGAGAAAGCUACUAAUUUAAGCUUGUUUAAUAAAAAUAAUUACAAAUAAUGAAAAUUUAGUAAGUGUAAAUAUUUAAAAUUUUUAAGCACAAGACAAUUAAUUAUCUAUUUUUGAUUAAUCUGAAGAGGUUAAUUUAAUUUCUAUCACAUCUCACUCUUUCCUUAAUGUAAUCAUCAGAUCUUCAAAAUUGGAAAAUAACAAUUUAUCAUCUCUUAAAAAAAUUUUUAAGUAUUCUUCCAAUGGUAUUCUUAUAAAUUCAGAACAAUCAAAAGUAACUCUAAAAGAUGUUACCGCUAAUAAUAACAAUGCUUUAUAAGGAUAUAGCUAAUUUAUAAUCAUAGCAAAUGAAGUUUAUAUAGAAGACUGUUCUUUUGUAAAUUCUAAUUUCUAAUAAAUAGAUAUGUCUAAUUUCUUGGCUGAAAUUUAAGGAGGAGCUUUUUAUUGCUAAUCAUAGUUACUAAAAAUUUCAAAAUGUAGCUUUACUUAAUGUUUUUCUUAAAAAGGAGGAGCAAUCUAUUGGUAACCAAGAUAUGAUGCUGUUUUAAGACUAAAUGACUCAUAAUUUAAAAAUAAUAUUGCUCAACUAGAAAAUAAAUAUAGUGAAGGAGGAGCAAUAUUUAUUGAAUCUGGAAAUUAGAAUUAACUUGACAUUUAAUUAAACCAAGUUUAUGCAGAUAACAACCUUUCAAAUUAAAAUGGUGGAUUCUUAAGUAUGAGUUACUCUCGUAGAAAAGUAGCAGUAUUAAUAAAUUAAUCCUAAUUAUCUAACAAUUUUGCUAUUAAUGGAGGAAUAAUUAACAUAGAUUCUGCAACAGGAUCUAAAGGCUUCUUAAUUUUAGAUCAAGUGCAAAUAUUUUAUGAUUUAAGCAUAUUUGCAAAAACAGUUCAAAAAAUUAUUAAUAAUCUUAAUAACAUAAAAUUAAAUGAAUUAUCAUAAAUUUCUUUUAGGAACUUAAAGAGUGUAGAAUUCAAAGAGGUAUCUGUUACAAGUUCACCUUAAUAAUCUAUAGAUUAAAAUAUCUUCAUCAACUAAGUUCUGUAUUAACCAUUAGUUUAGUUUUAAUUUUUCACUUCUUUUUUCGCUGUGGAGUGUGUUUUCUAAGACAUAGUUGUUUUCUAGACUUUUAUUGAAGUUGUUCAAGCUAAUUAAAUUUUUAUCUAACAAACAAAGUUUUUAAACAUUUAAAGGUUAAAAGAGUACUAUCUAAAAAGUCUUUAAAAUGAGAAAAAUUCUGAAAUGACUGAGACUUUGUUAAAAAAGUAAGACUAUUAUUUGAAUAUUAUUUCUGAUGCUAAGUAUUAUUAAUAAGUAAAGAACUCCCUUGUUAUUCUUGAUGCAAUCAAUAUAAUCUAAAUAAAUCAAUCAAUAUUUUAAAAAAUGGUUUGUCCUGAUUGUUUUUUAGGGCCUUUAUUUUUGACGUCUUAGGUGGCCACUCUUACUAAAAAUCAAUUUUUUAAUAAUUAAGGAAAGAAUGGAGGAGCAAUUAAUAUUUAAUACUCUUAAUAGAAGCUUAUGUAGUAGUUUUAAACAAAAUAAAGACUUUUAUUUGAAAAAUAAAUAGUACAAAGUAUAAAAACAUACAAGAUGAAAAAUUUAGAAUUAUCUAUAGCUUUUUAAAAUAAUUUAUAUUCAGUUAGCGAUUUUGUGAAUCUUCGCAAGGCAAGGUAUUUAGAAGAAUAUAAAGUUAUUGAAAAUUCUGAAAUAUAAUAAAUACUUAUAGACAAUUGCUAAUUUUAAAAUAAUUCAGCUUUUAAUGGAGGAAGUAUAUAUGCCAAAAAUACUUAUAUAAAAAUUCAAAAUAGCACACUUACAAAUAAUUUAGCAGAAGGGUAUGGAGGUGCUAUAUUUAAUGAUGACGGAGAGUUCGAUUAAAUAUAAAAUAGUAUUUUAGAGAACAAAUAAGAAUAAAAAGAUCAAGAGAGUAGCAAUAAUAAAAUUCUUUACAAUGUUGAGAUACUAUCAACAUUAAUAUUGUAUAAUCAAGCAAAAAAAGUUAGUGGGGCUUUCCACUCUAAUAUAAGGUAUCCUAAUAUGAACUAAUAUACAACAAUCUAUAGAAAUAUAGCAAAUUAAUAUGGACCAGAUAUAGAAGUGGGUCCAUGGAAAAUGUAAGUUAUGUAUAAAGGUGAAUAACUCCAAAAAAAUUCUAAAAUUAUUUUAGAAAGUGGAUAUAUUUAAGAUGAGUUAGUGAUUUAUUUACUUGGAAGAAGAAACGAACAAUUCAAAUAUUUCACUAAAAUUUCUGAUGAGAAAGAAGAAUUAGAGCAGGUUUUUUUAGAAAUUUCUACAACUUCAAAUUCAUAAAAUGUGUUAAUUUAGCCUUUGAAAAUUGAAUUUAAUCAAGGAAUAUUUAAUUUAACAAAAAAAUUGUAAAUUUUUGGAACAUUUGGGUCUUUAAUUCAUGUUAAUUUAACUUGUUCAAAAAUAAAAUUACCGAUUUAUGAAGUAAAAACUCAAAAAUUAAUAGGUAUGAAUGAUAAUUACUAUUUUCCUCUUUCAUUUUAAAUUUCAGAAUAAUGUUUGCCAGGUACCAAAGUCUAAAAGCAAGAUGGAAAAUAUGAUAUUUGCUAAACUUGCUACUUAAAGACAUACUCGCUAGAAUAUUAAUCAUAGACUUGCCAUAAAUGCCCAAUAAGUGACGCUUAUUGCUAUAAAAACAUCAUUUUGAUACCUUAAGGUUAUUGGAGAAAAAAUAACCAAUCAAGUGAUAUAAGUGAAUGUAGAAAUAAAAUAGAGAAUUGUCUAGGUGAUUUAAAUGUUACAGAUUAGAAUUUAGAUUCACUUAAAAAAACUUUUUCUUGGUAAAAUAAUGCUUGCGCUGAAGGUCAUAUAGGAGCUUUUUGUGAAGAUUGUGAUUUGAAAGCUCAGUACUGGAUAAAACCUUACUAGAGAGUAAAUACUUACAGUUGUGCUGAUUGCACUCAAGUAACCUAUAAUUGGGUAUUUGUCAUAUUGAGUAAUGCAGGAUAAAUCGCUUUAAUAGCUAUAGUGGUAUUUUCAUCUAUAAACUACAUUAAGUUGAAGAUUUAUGCUGAAUACCUGAUGAAAAUGAAAUUAUUCUAUUUCGGAUCUUCAUUUGAAGAGAGAAACAAAUCAAAUCUAUAUAUAAAGAUACUAAUAAAUUAUUUCUAGAUUAUUUCAUGUCUGAGUACAUUCAGGAUAGAUAUUCCUAGUUAAAUCAACUUCUUAUAUAAAACAGUAGGAAAUCCUUUAGAAAAUGUUCUAUAUGCUUAAGAUUGUUUAUUGAUUUAGCAUUUUAUGAGCGUGGAUCUUAUUUACUAUAGGCUUUUUGUUUCUCAUGCAUAGAUAGUUUUCUUUAUUAUUUGCCUUUUUAUAUGCUUAUAGAUUCAAAGUUGCAUUUAGAAAACAAAAAUGAAUCUAUCUAUUAUUGUUUGUGCUAUUAAUUACUGCCUGUAUGCUAAUCUACCUUCUAUGGUCAAUCUUAUUAUUGGAACAAUUUCUUGUAUUUAAGUUGGAGAAGAUUAUUAUGUGAAGCUUUUUACAUCUAUCGAGUGUGAUUCGAAUCAUUAAAAAAAACAAGUAAUGCUACUUUGGCCUCUGCUUGGAUUAUGGGCAGUCGUUAUACCUUUAUUGCAAUUUUUGAUUUUGGUUAUUAAAAGAAGAAGUUUACAUACUAUCAGUAUGAAAUUUUCCUUUGGAUUUUUAUAUAAUGAAUACUCUGAGAAUUGCUUUUGGUGGGAGAUAGUCAAAACGUUUUAGAAAAUAUUGAUCAUACUUGUGCUUAAUAUUUAUGAAUAGAGAGUUAUAGUAAAAGGUUGCAUUAUUCUUGCAAUUGUUUUUAUGUAGAUGUGCUUCUCAUUAAAUUAAUAACCUUAUUUAAUACCAGAUCUAAAUAAAACUGAUUUUAUAUCAUCUAUUGUGUGCUGUUUAACAAUAUCACUGGGUAUAAUAUUAAAUAAUUAUCAUUAAUCAAAAGCCUCUUAAAUCAUAAUAUACAUAUUAGUUGCAAUUAUUAAUCUCGCUUUCAUUAUUUUCAUUGCUAAAAAAAUAUUAUCGCAUUUUUUACUGAAAACUUAAAAAAUGCUACAACCCUUGAUAAAAAAAUAUUAAAUUGCUAUAGAUAAAAUGCAAUUAACUUAUUAGAGAUUAAAAAGAUUAAGGAUAAUAAUUCAAAAGAAAAUUAUUUACAACAAAUUACAAGAACAUUUAUAAUCUGAGAAUCAUAUUUUCAAUAAAAAGAUGUUUUUUAAAUUAAAAGAUAUUUACAAAAAAUUUAAAAAUAAAUUAGCUAAAAUUUAAUAAAAAAACGAUUUACAAGUUAAAUUACAAGGAAAAUAAUUUGUAAAAAAUACUAAAAAAAGAAUAAGUAAAAAGGAAAGAAGAGUAAGUAUUGGCUAAAAAAUUUUAGGAUAAGGUAAAUAAAAAAAAUAAAGUAAAACAGGGUUUUUAGAUAUGACUAAAUUUGCUAUUAAAACCUAAAUUAAAUAAAUACAAAAAAGUUAUAUACCACCGUAAGUUAAUCAAAAUUUAAAUUCUAAUUUGCCUUCGUUGUAGUAAAUAAGCCAUAUGGAUUCUGUUCAACAUUCUAUUUUAAAUAAAGAUAAACUUUCAUAAUUUAAUACCUAAAAAUAAUGUUAAAUAAAAAAAGAGUUUCAAUAAUCUUAAGCAACCAUACUAAAUAAAAAUCCAAGUAAUGAAUAGCCUAUAUAGAACGAAAUAUUUAAUCUAUCUAGUAGAGAAUCUAGAGAAAAUUCAAUAGACGUCAAAAGAAGAUGCAUCCUCUCAUUCAAUAUAAUUAAUUUCACUUAAGGAGAUAUUUUAUCUUUCUAAAGAAUUAAAAACUUAAAGUAUGCAACUUACACAGAAGAAUAAUAGUCUAAGGCAAUAUUCUAGCAAAUUAAUUAAGAAUUAGAUAAACUUAAAUAAGAAUAUAACAACGAAUAGUUAGUUUUACAACAUCUUUCAUUUUAAAAAUAAGAACUAAAAGAUUUUUACAAGAAGCUAUCAAAAAAUAAGCAGUUUUCUAAUUUAGUUUGCGUUUUAGGAAACAUUUAGAGAUACAUGAAUAUUGAAUUUAAUUUAUAUUGA